ACUCUCCUACAGAUGGUACUGACGACGUCGGCGUCGGAGCCCCUGGCGUCGAGGCACCGCCGCCGCAUCCGCUCAAUCCUACGGCCCUCACCUAUGGUCAAGACAAGGAAGACCAUCGACGACAUGGUGCGAAUGAUGUCGAUGGAAGGAUCUCAGGCUGCCCACGACUCUCUCAUGCACGACCUGCUCCAACUUGCCGAGGAGAUCACCGAAUCUAUGAUGCCCACCUCACGGACAACCGAAGCUACCCUCACGUCAGCUACCAUCAUGCCCACUGCCAUCGCUGACAUUACUGCCUCAUCCACUACCACCAUACCAACGAGGACCACCGUGGUUGACCCCACCACGGUGACGAGGACCACCAAGGUGAACGUAGCCACUAUACCAGGUGCUGUCAUGGUUGACACUUUUACCAGGCCCUCAAGGCCGACGGCCACACCAACGGCCCAGGUGUUCCUCGACCGCGUCAAGGAUGUCUUGGCGGCAUCCGGCAUCGAACUUGUUCUGCCGCUCGAUUGUGGACGGAACCCGCUGAACACAACAGCGGCGCUGGAGGGCGGGCAGCUGCCGUGGCUGGUGGCGCUGGGCUCCCGGGAGAACGGCAGGUUCCACUACCGCUGUACCGGCGUCAUCAUCACCAACUUCCACGUCCUCACUGACGCUGACUGUGUUGCCUCCCCACACAUCAACGUGGUGCAGGCCAGCAGGUCGGGCGUGGUACCGGACCAAGGUGCCGUGGAGAAUUAUGUAGCGGGGCGCAGAAUCCAUCCGGAUAUUGAGAGCAAAGAUGAUCUCUUCUCCGGCCUCAACAUUGGCAUCCUCGAGUUGGCCCAGCCUUUUGUAUUUAACGAUCACAUCCAGCCAGUGUGUCUGCCGGGGGUGUUCGAGGAACAAGACCUAGAGGCCGCCUACCUGGUCACCGUCGCCGGCUUCAACAACAUCGUGGACCUUCCAGAGGGACGAAUAGCAAGGAGAUACAUGGAAUCGAUGGUGGGGGCGGAGGGGGCAGCUCCCUGCUACUACAGGACCCGCGUCGACCCCGACUUCUCCUCAAUGAUACAUACACUGCUCACUGAGAAGCACCUUUGCGUCUACAUCAGCUUUGAAACGGUGGGGAAGUCUGUGUUGUUGAUGGAGGACGACCGGACGGGGCGGGUUCGCGUAGUGGGUGUGGGCGGGUUUGCAAACGCCCGCUCCACCGUCCCUGUCGCCUACACCCUCGUCCAACCCUACCGCUUCUGGGUCGAACUGGUACUGAAGAAAUUUCUCAAUAACAUGGCUGCCCGAAGCUGAUGCUAUUGGUAUUUGUCAAAAUACUGUAAUGGUCACACUCAAAAAAAUGUUAAAACAUAUGGGGAAAUGUUAUACUUUUAUUAAAUGUUCUUCUGAAGAAAUUAAUUUUGCUAAAGUGGAGUUUCCUAAAUAGAGUCACAUGAAUGGUUUGCUUUCAUCACCAAAGACCCACGGCUCCUGGAUUUACAAUCUCUGCAUCCUGAAUGCUCUCAAUGCACAGAAAGA